GUGGUAAAAUGUCCACGUCAGAGUCUGGUGUGGGAUGUAUUAGUGAAGUAACACUUGCAAUUAGUAAAGCAAGGGGUUCUCAAUCAGGCACAGUAAGAGUACUUGACAGUCCUGACUCUGAUGGAUCUGGCCAUUCAAAUUCAUUCAUUGUACAGCGUUUCAAUUAUCCUGAUGAUGAUAAUGCAAAUUCAGAUAUUUUAAAUCCACCAUUGACCACUGAUGACUUAAGAAUACCAAUUGUUGGAUAUGAAGUUAUGGAAGAGAGAGCUAGAUUUACGGUUUAUAAAUUACGCGUGGAAUUGAAAAAUGGAGACUGUUGGUUUGUGUUUAGAAGAUAUACAGAUUUUGUUCGCUUGUUAUCACAGUUAAGAAGACAAAAAGUACCAGUUUCAUAUUUAAUUUUACCAAGAAAAAAGUGGCUUGGGGAUAAUUUUGCUCCAAGUUUCUUGGAAGAAAGAAUACGUGGCCUUCAAGCAUUUGUUAAUGGAAUUUUAAGCAGUCCCCUUCUUAUAGGCACUGCAUGUGUUAGAGAAUUUUUCUGUUUAGAUGAACCACCUGCCUUAUCUGAUACUGCAGAGGAGUCUAGAGCAAUUUUUGAAGCACUAGAGGAUACCAUUUAUCAUUUGCGGCAACAAUUGAGAGAAAGAGAUGCUGCACUGACAGCUGAAACAGCUAAAUGUAAUGAACUUAGAAAAAAUCUCCAUCAGAUAUUAAGUGAAAGACAGACCUGCUUAAAAUGUGGUGCAUCUCAGUAA